AUGAAGUUGCAAUCGACGCUGUACAACGUUGGGUACCCUGUGUACGGCGCGCGCUUCCUGAACGCAAACACGCUGCUCGUGACGGGAGGGGGCGGAGAGGGGAACCACGGGAUCCCCAACAAGCUGACGGCGCUGCAGAUCAAUUUCAGCAAGAAGAAGAUCGUCAAGCGGUUCCGGGAACUGACGCUGGACGAAAACGACGACUCGCCGACGACCCUGGACGUGGCGCAGGACGUGAUUCUGAUGGGAUGCAACGAGAACUCUGAGAAAAUCCGGCAGGGUGCGCCGAACCAUCACCUGCGCAAGUUCGUGUACGAAAACGAGCACCUGAAGUUCGUGGGGGCGAUUGACCUGAACCGGUCGGACAACCCGGAGGACUACACCAAGCUGCUGUAUAUGUCUCAGGACGGGUGGGUGGCCGCGGUCGCGUCGUCGGCGGUUCCGACGGUGAUUCGGAUCGUGAACCCGGGCAACCUGCGCGAGACGUACGAGGUGGAGACGGGGAACGACGUGAAGGACCUGCACUUCUCGUCGGACGGGAAGGUGCUGGCGUACAUCACCGCGUCGACGCUGGAGGUGAUCUCGAUCGUGACCGGCAACUUCAUUGUGCGCAAGACGGACUUUGACAAAAACCUCAGUCUCUCUAAGAUCCGCUUCAUCGGCGAAGACACGCUGCUGAUCGCCGCGGCGCUGAAAAAGGGCACCGGGAUUGUGCUGACGAAGCUGAGCCUCAAGAAGGGCAACACGCAAAUUCUGCGGACGUGCGUGAUCACCAAGAAGUUCAAGAGCGUCACGUCCAUGGACGUGGACCCCAAGGGGCAGCUGGCGGUGCUGGCGGGCAGCGACAACUCGCUGGCGCUCGUGAAGUUGCGCAACUUCAGUGUGGCCAAGUUCUUCAAGCAGGUGCAUACCUUUGCCGUUACUCGGGUAGUGUUUUCGCCAGACAGUAGGCUAUUGGUGAGCGUGUCUGCCGCCAACACUGUGCAUGUAGUGCAGCUUCCCGAGGACUUUGCUACGCGGACGACGCUAACGGAGAACCUCAUCAAGUUCUUCACAAACUUCGUGCUUGUUGUUUUGGUGGCCCUGUUUGCCCGGUUCGCCCACCAGCAUGGCCUGCACACCAAAGCCUACAAUAUUGUGAGCAAUACUUUGCGGAAGCCCGAAAACAGGCGGACGUCGUUCUUUAGUGACAUUCUAAACCAGCAAAUCACUUUGAGUGGUGACGUGGUGUCGAGCUCCACUACCGCAGUGGACACCGUGCAUUCAUCUGUCGAUACUAGCGGCUGGUACCUUGACUCCACGCGUUCGGGCACAGAUGCUGUUGCCUCAGGCGAUCGGUUAGAUGGUGGUGCUGCUACUAUUGAAUCGUUAGCUAAGAGUGCCGGCGUGGAUUCACCUGUAGAAGUAGAAACUCUUCCGCAUGCUAACAGUACCACUUUCUCAGAAGUGACAGCAUAUACCGGGGAGUAUCCGGAAGUCGUAAGUUCUGCUACUUCAGAAGUCGCUAUGGAGUCUAGUGUAGACUCAAAGUUUAUGGCUAUUGAGGCUUCGACCACUCCAGCUAUCACUAUCUCUACAUCUCUUCAGUCAAUGUCUGUUUCCGAUGUUUACACGGGUACUAGUGCCGCAGAAGAUGCUUCCUCAACAGGAUCAGAUGCUUCUGUGGUCCUAGAGAAGACUGCUAUUCUUAACCCUUCGUCAACGAAUAUAGCCGAGGACGAGUUUGUCGAUGCCAUAGCGGAACCUCCAUCGGCGUCCGUGGAUAGUACGCCUUAUGUGACCGCGGCGCGCGAUUAUUCCUCGGAAGACACCGGGGAACGUUCUGAACCUACAAUAACGGAAUACAAAACUGCAAUUGAAUCACCAUCCACCUUUGGCGACGAUAACGAGAGUGUAUUUCUUGUAACUUCUGCGGACCUGCAUCCAUCGGUGUCCUCUGCGAGUCAAACAUUAACAACGGAAGAGCUUCAAGCCGUUGCGAACAGCCACCAAUAUAAGACCGAGGUGCAGAUUGUAAAACAAGACGAAGAUGAAGUAGAGGAUGUUCUAGAAUUGGACUCGCCACCAGCAUCUCUGUAUGAUGGUGAUGUUUUGAAGGAGGCAGAGAAAAAUGAUAGUAGCAAUGUUAUUCCUGAUGAUUCCAUAGAUAUCGAUGAAUACCUCGAUGAAAACUUGGUUAAAAACUUCACAUUGGAAAACGCUCUUUCUUUAGAUGAAAUCUUCGACGAUGAUAAUGUAGUUUUUGGAGAAGAGAAGCUGCUUGUGGAUCCAGACCUAGAAUUCCCGGAAUUAACUGGAAUGGAACAAGAUAUGGAAUCUGACUAUCUGCCGCUGAUUGAAAAUGGUACGGAGGCUGUUCUACAAUUGGAUCCAAAUAUUGAUGAUAUAGACUUGGACAAUAAUAUGGUUUAUGCUGAUGAUGCACAGCCAGUGAGCGAUGGACUGCAGAAUAUUGCUAUCAUGCCGGACGUGAUCGACAACUUGGAAAUUCAAACCUUUAGUGAGCAGGAAAAGCAGCAGUUAGAACCAAGCUCCAUUGAAUCAGUCGCCACCUCGCUUGAGGUGCCUAAUGAGGCGACUACAUAUGAAGUUGAAGCUGCUGAUUUAACUUCCUCUGUGGAUCCCAUAGAGAUUGUAAUCGAAACUGCAGAAACGGCCUACAAUGAUGCCUCUCCAGACAUUGUCAAUUUGGAAAAUACGUUGACGUCUACUGAGCAACAGGACUCGGCUCCUGAUAUCAAUGAGGUUGAUGAUUUGGAAACUGAAGUAGAAGUGAAAACAGAGUUUUUGGAAGAUAUUGUUGACUUUCAGCACCCAGUUGAGACCUCUGCUCAAUUUAAUGUUCCAAAGACUCCAGCUUUAGAAGUAAUAGAUCAACCGCAACCCGUCACUCAAGUCCAGACCGUUAUAGAGACGGUCGUCGAUGGCACUACAAGGCCGGCAAAUGCUUUGCUUAUGAAUAGCACGGUUGAGGUGAUAACCGUUAAGGAAAUAGUGAAGGAGACAGUUUUCGUGACUGAGAAGGUGACUAACUAA